UGCAUGUUGCGGAGUGAUUAGUGGGUUUGAAAAGCGAACCGUGGCUCGGCCUCAUUUCCCGCUCUGGUUCAGGCGCAGGAGGAAGUGUUUUGCUGGAGGAUGAUGACAGAGGUCAGGCUUCGCUAAUGGGCCAGUGAGGAGCGGUGGAGGCGAGGCCGGGCGCCGGCACACACACAUUAACACACUUGAGCCAUCACCAAUCAGCAUAGGGAUCUGAGAAUUGCUCUCACACACCAAACCAGCAGCGUCCGUGGAGAAAACUCUCGCCAGCAACUCCUUUAAAACACCGUCAUUUCAAACCUUUGUGGUCUUUAAGCAACAACAACAGCAAAAAAAACCCAAACCCAACCAAACAAAACUCUUGACAGGACCUUUGACAAGGGAGGAUGCCUCAUAAAGGGGGAAGACUUUAACUAGGGGCGCGCAGAUGUGUGAGACCUUUUAUUGUGAGAGUGGACAGACAUCCCAGAUUUCAGAGCCCUAUAUUCGAGCCUCGUGGGAUCCCGCGGCCCCCAGCCAGCACCAGUAUGCAGAACAGUCACAGCGGAGUGAAUCAGCUCGGUGGUGUCUUUGUCAACGGGCGGCCACUGCCGGACUCCACCCGGCAGAAGAUCGUAGAGCUAGCUCACAGCGGGGCCCGGCCGUGCGACAUUUCCCGAAUUCUGCAGACCCAUGCAGAUGCAAAAGUCCAAGUGCUGGACAAUCAAAACGUGUCCAACGGAUGUGUGAGUAAAAUUCUGGGCAGGUAUUACGAGACUGGCUCCAUCAGACCCAGGGCAAUCGGUGGUAGUAAACCGAGAGUAGCGACUCCAGAAGUUGUAAGCAAAAUAGCCCAGUAUAAGCGGGAGUGCCCGUCCAUCUUUGCUUGGGAAAUCCGAGACAGAUUACUGUCCGAGGGGGUCUGUACCAACGAUAACAUACCAAGUGUGUCAUCAAUAAACAGAGUUCUUCGCAACCUGGCUAGCGAAAAGCAACAGAUGGGCGCAGACGGCAUGUAUGAUAAACUAAGGAUGUUGAACGGGCAGACCGGAAGCUGGGGCACCCGCCCCGGUUGGUAUCCGGGGACGUCGGUACCAGGGCAACCUACUCAAGAUGGCUGCCAGCAACAGGAAGGAGGGGGAGAGAAUACCAACUCCAUCAGUUCCAAUGGAGAAGACUCAGAUGAGGCCCAAAUGCGACUUCAGCUGAAGCGGAAGCUGCAAAGAAAUAGAACAUCCUUUACCCAAGAGCAAAUUGAGGCCCUGGAGAAAGAGUUUGAGAGAACCCAUUAUCCAGAUGUGUUUGCCCGAGAAAGACUAGCAGCCAAAAUAGAUCUACCUGAAGCGAGAAUACAGGUAUGGUUUUCUAAUCGAAGGGCCAAAUGGAGAAGAGAAGAGAAGCUGAGGAAUCAGAGAAGACAGGCCAGCAACACACCUAGUCAUAUCCCCAUCAGCAGUAGUUUCAGUACCAGUGUCUACCAACCAAUCCCACAACCCACUACACCUGUUUCCUCCUUCACCUCUGGUUCCAUGUUGGGCCGAACAGACACAGCCCUCACCAACACCUACAGUGCUCUGCCACCCAUGCCCAGCUUCACCAUGGCAAAUAACCUGCCUAUGCAACCCCCAGUCCCCAGCCAGACCUCCUCGUACUCCUGCAUGCUGCCCACCAGCCCUUCAGUGAACGGGCGGAGUUAUGAUACGUACACCCCCCCCCACAUGCAGACACACAUGAACAGUCAGCCGAUGGGCACCUCGGGCACCACUUCCACAGGACUCAUUUCCCCUGGUGUGUCAGUUCCAGUUCAAGUUCCUGGAAGUGAACCUGAUAUGUCUCAAUAUUGGCCAAGAUUACAGUAAAAAACAAAAACAAUCAAAAAAACAAAAAGAAAGGAUAUAUUGUGUUAACUCAGUCAGUGACUCUGUGGAUACAACAGUUGGGCGUUCAGGAAGGAAAGAAAAAUGGCUGUUAGAAGCACUUCAGUUCUGCAAUUGUGUCCUGUGUUGUACCACUGGGGAAUGGACUUGAAACAAGGACCUUUGUAUACAGAAGGCGCUAUAUCAGUUGGAACAAAUCUUCAUUUUGGUAUCCAAACUUUUAUUCAUUUUAGUGUAUUAUUUGUAAAUGGGCAUUUGUAUGUUAUAAUGAAAAAAGAACAACGUAGACUGGAUGGAUGUUUGAUCCCUGUUGGUCAUGAAGGUGUUAAAAACAACAAAAAACAAAGGAAAUCAUGAUCAACAAGCUUUGCCAUGAAUUUAAGAGUUUUAUCAAGAUAUAUCGAAUACUUCUACCCAUCUGUUCAUAGUUUAUGGACUGAUGUUCCAAGUUUGUAUCAUUCCUUUGCAUAUAAUUAAACCUGGAACAACAUGCACUAGAUUUAUGUAAGAAAUAUCUGUUGGUUUUCCAAAGGUUGUUAACAGAUGAAGUUUAUGUGCGAAAAAAGGGUAAGCUAUAAAUUCAAGGACGAAAAAAGUUGAUAGCUAAAAGGUAGAGUGUGUCUUCGAUAUAAUCCAAUUUGUUUUAUGUCAAAAUGUAAGUAUUCGUCUUCCCUAGAAAUCCUCAGAAUGAUUUCUAUAAUAAAAUUAAUUUCAUUUAUAUUUGA